GUGAAUUAUGUGAUGAACAAUUAAAAAUUUAUGGUAGUCAAUAUUCACUAGUAAAACCUGGAAAGACUAGAUGGAACUCAUAUUAUAUGUGUUACAAUUCAAUUUUGAAAAAUAAAAGAGCAUUAAGGUCACUUGCAGGUAUAAAUGAACUUGGAGAUGUCACAGUUGUCAAUGAUGAUUCUGUUACUAAUCAACAAAAUAAUGUUAUUAUGGCAAAUCGUGUAUUAUCAAUUUUAGAGGAUCCAGAAUUCUGGGGUAAAUUGGCAGAAUUAGAAGCUCUUUUUUAUCCAUAUUGUCUAGCACUUAACACUUUACAAAAAAAUAAAUCACAUCUGUUUGAAGUUUUACACUGUUUUGGUUAUUUUAUGGAGCAAACUUUAUCAAAUCCUGAUGAUGAUUUCAAAGAUAAUAUG